AUAUGUGUAAUAGUAUUAUUAUUUUACCUAGGUUUCAGGUUCGUGAAUCAUUUUGAUAUUUGUUGGUGUGUGCAUUGGAAUGGAAGAUGAGAGGCAGAAAGAGGCAAAGAGUCCAAGGCAUGGCCCUGAGAAGAGUGAAGCGGUUCGGUCGAGGUGGACUCCCAAGCCGGAACAAAUUCUCAUACUGGAAUCCAUCUUCAACAGUGGCAUGGUGAACCCUCCCAAAGAUGAAACCGUAAGAAUAAGGAAGCUGCUUGAGAAAUUCGGUGCUGUGGGUGAUGCCAACGUCUUCUACUGGUUCCAGAACCGCCGCUCCAGAUCCCGCCGCCGCCAGCGCCAGAUGAUGCAGCAGGCAGCCGCCACCGCUGCUGCGAUUAACCAGCCACAGCCUCAGCCACAGCCUCAGCCUCAGCCUCAGCCUCAGCCUCAGCCUCAGCCUCAGCUUCAGCCUCAUGGUCUUGUUGCUGGUGGUGCAAUUCAGCAUGAUCAUCAUCAUAAUCAGGUUAACCUUGUUGCAAGUGAAAGUGCUACUUCAAACAUUGGUCUUGGUUCUUGUGUUUCUUAUGAUCUCCUAGGUGGUUCCUCUUCAUCGUGUAGUGGUGGUGGACAACAAGGCAUGGGUGGUUUCUUUUCUGGUUCUUCUCCUCAAAUGGGUUUUCCUGAAAUAAUUGAUCACACCCCACCUUCCCCAUCAGUUUUGUUCCCUCCUUUUGAUCCCAAUUUGACCUUCCAGACUGGAUAUGGAGGCACUGAUAUCUCAGCAUUCAUCACAGUUUUCAUCAAUGGGAUUGCAACAGAACUUCCAAAGGGACCAAUAGACAUGAAGACUGUGUUUGGAGAAGAUGUUAUGCUAGUUCAUUCCUCUGGAGUGCCUAUUCUCGCCAAUGAUUUCGGAUUCUUGAUGCAGAACCUUCAGCAUGGAGAAAGCUACUUUCUGGUAUCAAAGCCAACAUAAAUAUGAAAGCAUCAGCCAUAGCAGCAACAGAAGCUUCCUUUUGGAAUUUAUCAGAUUGGCCUUGGCUGCUCCUCUUGUUUCCUUUUAACUUUUGUUAAUGUCGUAAUUUUAUAUAUGUUCUCAAAUAAUAGACAUACUCUAUUGUGUGAUUAUAGGAUUCAAUAUCUAUAUAUGUACCCUAGAAAAUAUAUAUUAUAUAUUUAUAUAUACUGUACCUUCUUGGUUUUAGUACAAA